AGACAGGUAGCAAUGAUUCCCAAUCAUAUAUUGAUAUUGGGUGCUCCUCAUAGUGGGAAACUUCGAAUAUCGAAGACACUUUGUGAUGAUGUAUAUGAUCAAAUAGUGGAUGAUGAUAAGAUUCAAAGUUCACAUAGUGGGAUCAUUAUAAAGUCAAAAGUAUCUACUAAAUAUUAUAGUGUUAACUUAAAUAUCUUAGUGGAUGAAUAUCCUGAAAUUCGGAAUGAACAAGAAGAAGAAUAUUCAGUUGAGCAUAAAUUGCGUAGUUUAAAGAAAUGGAAAGAUGAAUUUCUUUCUGAUGAAUGUUCUGAAUUGAGAGAUGUUUUAGAUGGAUUUAUCUAUUGUAUUUCAUUAGAUGACAAUACCAUCAAUGAUAUAUCUGAUUCGAUCGAAAUAAUCAAUGAAAUUAGGAAUGGUAUCGUUGGUGAUCGAGAUUGGAAUGGAUUUAUUGCCAUUGUUGGAACAUCAACUAAAGAUAAGAAUGAUUUGAAUGAAGAUGUAGAAGAUUUGGUCAUUUUAAAUGGUUAUGAGUAUAUAGAUUUUGAUAAACUGGGUCGUAAUGAAUAUCAUGAAACAGUGGGGAAGGAUAGAAUAGUUGAAAUAGUUCAAUCAAAUGAAUGGACACAUAUGGAAACCAAAGAGAAUGUAAAUUAUGAUAAUAAUAAAAAGAAAAAGAUGUAUGAAAUGACUAGGGGACUACUAAGUUCGGAAGGAGAAGAAAGAGAAGAAGAAGAAGAAGUAAAUUCAAAAUUAGAUCUCGACGAAAUCUUUGCUAAAUUGAAAUUAGCCAAGGAUGAAAAAAGGAAAAGUAUGUGA